ACUUACUACUUAUAGUGCUUAGUAUAUAUACACAAGUCAUUACAGAAUACAAUAUUGAAUGUAGUAUACAAUAUGUAUAUUAUGUGACGUGUAUACCUAUUAUUAAAAAAGUAGAAACACCACAUAGUUCACGUACAGUAUACCAUAAAAAAUCAUAAUAUUAUAACAAAGGUAGUAAAAACAAAAAAUAUUGUCAAUAUUCAUUGUAGUGGCAAUAGCUUGCGAAUUGCUAAUUCUUUUUACCUAGUUUUGCAGUUCUAAUUACUUUUCCAUAUUUAUAUUUUAUACAAACUAUUUAUAUUACUUGAAUAAAACUAUAAAUUUAUUAGUUAUUUACGACGAACAUAUUACGCCCGUCAUAAUGAAUAAAGCCGUUACUUAUUCAGAUGAUCAGUUAGCUGAAAUGGAAGAAGCUUUUCAAUUAUUUGACAAUCGAGGGGAUAAUAAAAUCCAUAUAUCCCAUAUUGGCAAUGCUCUUCGUGCUUUGGGUCAAAAUCCUACUGAAUCAGAUGUUAAAAAGUUUGCCCACCAACAUAAAACUGAUGAAAGAAUUCCAUUUGAAGUUUUUUUACCCAUUUAUCAAGCUAUAUCAAAAAAUCGAUCUGCUAAUACAGCCGAUGACUUUAAUGAAGGCCUAAGGCACUUUGACAAGGAAGGAAAUGGAUUUAUAUCAUCCGCUGAAUUACGUCAUUUGCUUACUACACUUGGGGAAAAACUGACUGAUGAAGAAGUGGAACAAUUGUUAGCUGGACAAGAGGAUUCCCUAGGAAACAUUAAUUAUGAAGAAUUUGUGCGCACUGUAACAUCUGGAUAAUAUAAAUUUAUGGGCAGUUCUAUUAUAAUUUAGCACUACUACUAUAUUAUAUAUAUAAAUAUUAUGGUAAAAUAAUUAUAUCAUGGCAUCGACCAAAUUUUGUAUUUUUAGCUAAUUAUUUUUAUACUACAUUUUAUAUACUAAUCAUAUAAAAAACGUACGUUUCUGAAUAAAUUAUUUUUUAAACACUA